UCAGUUCGGACAACUCUAGCUGGUUGGACGUAAGAGACUUCCUCCCUUACGGGCGUUUUGAACUGCAAGCUGGAUAACGUCCUAUCGUUAUUGUUCGUUAGCAACCAUGUCGGUUCCUAGUCAAUUGAAAAUUGACAACUGGGGUAAUUUCUUUAUGCAGCGUCUCAACAACUUAGCUAAAAAAGAUGAAUACUGCGACUAUACUAUUCGUUCAAUGUCAAAUGAAUCUUUUAAAGUCCAUAGAGUCGUUUUGAAUACGUGUUCGGACUAUUUUGUUUCUCAUCCAAGUUCUGAUAAAACUAUGACUAUGCCUGCACAUCUAGACUUUGAUGCUGUGAAAAGUGUUAUAAUGUUUAUGUAUACCGGACAACUUCAUUUCACCGAAGACAGCCGUAUGAGUUUAAUUGAAGUAGCUGACAUGUUACAGGUGACUGUAUUACUUAAGCUUCUAGAGUCACAAACGGGAGCACAGAAAUUUAUUCCUAAGUAUCACUCUCCACAAGCUUCAACAUCAAGAACUCAUUCAGCAAUUGCAUUAAAUCAGUAUAGACCUGCCAAAAAACCAAUCACUCAAAAUAAUUCAACUUUUAGAUCUCCACCAGAACAUACACCCGCAUCUACUUUUAUAAAUACAAUGAAAGUAAAAGAUGUUUUGAGUGAAAAUAAACCAAUGCGGUUUGAAUGUGAUGCUGAUGAUGUACCUGAGUUUAUAGAAAACACUUUUGAAUUACCCAAGUAUGAUAGUGCACCUUUAAUUAAACAAGAAAAUUGUGAUAGUGCAAAAGCAAUGCUCAAAAGAGCUUCCAAUGGAGAAUUGAUUGAUAAAAAUUUGGACAAAGGUUUUAAAACACAAGAAAUUAAAUGUGAAACUCAAAGUGUAUCAUCUUCACCAGUUGGCAAAAAAUUGAAAAUUGUCAGUGAUACAGACCCAGAGAACACUAAUAGCAAAGUUGUGCAAGAAAUCUUAAAGAAAUACCCACAUUUAUUGCAAAGUAAAGGUAACAUUAAAUUAAAAAUUAUGUCUAGUACUAAUAAAAGCCAAUUUGAAAGUAUUAUUAUCAAUACUCCUAAUUCAGUCGAAAAAAUUUUACCUGCUGGGAGUGGUGUUAAAAAACCAAUUACUACUCACAAAGUCAAGCCAGAUAUCAUGAAUUUAAAUGGCCCUUGGUCUUGUGAUCUUUGUGGAACUGACACAAAUCCAUUGAAAUUAGAUUCUUAUUUUAUAUACAGAAGACAUUUGGUAGAAAAACAUAAUGAGAAAGAAGACACUAGAGUUUGUGAACACUGUGGACACUUUUCUGUACGUAAAAGCCUACAAAUACAUCAUAUGUACACUAAACACAAUAUUCAGCCUCCUGCAGAUUUCAAGUUCCCUCAAUGCGAUGUUUGUGGGUUUAUUGCUACAACCGAAGUCCAUCUAAAACGACAUAAGACCUUGGAGAAAUGUGGCAGUAAGCCACAAACCAAAACAGAAUAUGGAAGUUAUACGUGCACUGAGUGUGACAGAACAUUCCGUUCAAGCUUAAUGCUCAAGGGACAUUUGAGAAAUUUCCAUAAAGUCGAUAACAUUACCCCGUCAACUUCAUCAACUAAAGAGUUAUUAAUUUCUGUUAUUGAUAAUAUACCACCUGGGGCCAAAGUCUUAGCGGAAAAUAAUAUUAUUAAUGAAACAGAUGAUCUUGAAAAAGGUGAAGUCAUUUAUAAUGAAGAAACUACAGAAGUAGAAACUAUUACAUUGGAAGAUGCUGAACAGGUACUUGAAGAAAAUGAUGAUGAUGGUAAAACCACAACUGUACCAAUGGACAUCACGGAAGAGUGGGAUGAUUUUGAUGAUGUAGAUACAAACAAAAAUGAAGAAUCUGACAAAGAAGAAGACAACAGAGAUGCUAAACCUUGUAGAAUAGAAUUGGAGUGAGUCAAAAAUAAAACUAUAUUAUUGAAAUGUUUAGAAUAUUGUUUUACUCUAAUAAAAUUGAAUAAUUGUUAUCCA